AUGGCCAAUCCGGGUCAAAUCUCCCCGCUCCCUGGCUUCACCCGCUACAUCACCUCGCACAACAACACGGGCCAAGCCAUCAUCCACUCCCAAGACCCUGGGACCUGGCUUCCCGUUCACGGGAACUCCAUGGGCUUCAGCGUCGCCUACACUACCUCCGACUUCCCCGUUAAUCUCAACAAAGACGCCGAUAUAGCCGAGCACGAGAGGCUCAUCAUGGCCGGGAAACUCGGCCUCGUGAAUCCUGGCGGCACUGUGUGUCGCGUGGUGGACUUUUCGCCCGGGCGUGACGGCCUGAUGCACCGUACCCAGAGUCUGGAUUACGGCAUUGUGCUGGAGGGCCAGAUGGAGAUGAUGCUGGACUCGGGGGAAUCAAGGCUCAUGCGCAGGGGCGAUAUCGCUGUGCAGCGGGCGACGAUGCAUGCGUGGCGGAAUCCGAGUCCGACCGAGUGGGCACGGAUGUUGUUUGUCUUGCAGGAUUGCCAGCCUUUGACGGUGGGAGGAAAGGACUUAGGGGAGGACUUGGGAGCCAGUGAUGAUAUAAAGCCCAGUCGUUAG